GAAUCGCUCAAAUACGACAAAGAAAAGCGAUAAUAACUGAAAAUCACAAUCACGAUGCUAGGACUUUAGCUUCAGGUAGGGGUGAAGAAAUUGGUCAUCAAAAUAUACCUAUGAAUAGGAACGAAUCGUUUCGAAUACAAACUCCCAUAAUAACCAUCCAACUACCCAACAGUAACGAUUCAAUAGGUCCCGAUUACUCUUCAGAUCAAGAUGAAGAUCAAGAUCAAACUAAAGCAACAGACGAAGCAGAACAAUCGCAAGAGACCAAUGCUUCAGUUAACCAUUGCAUAAUACGUUGUCUUUUGGAACAAAUGAAUGUGAUAAAUAAAACUGGUUUUCCUGAUCGCCAAAAACUUGCUAAAGAACUGCUAAAAAAUGUAAUUGGAAGAGAUGCCGAAGAAUUCUUUCAAGAUUCAAUAAACGAUUGCUAUCGACAAAUGGAUGGUAGAUAUUUGGACAAGUGCGAAUUUUCUACAGAAUUGAUAUUGUGUUUGAUCAAUAAAGGUAAAGCAAAUUGUAACGAUUGGCCAGUUGGAAUUUUCCCAUAUCAUUCCUGAAUUCGAAGAAUAACUGUGUGUAACUUUAGAAAUAUACCUAUCUCAUACUUAAUUCAAAAGUAAAUGCUACUCUGUAGUCAGUGUACAUAAAAAAUAAAA